CGAUCGAGUCCGGAUUUGACAUGGUUCUCCUGCGGUUACAUCACCGGUACAUGAUCGUAUUUCAAAAGGAGAUUAGGAGACGACGGGUCACGGAUCGCUGUGAGCAGUGUGAGCGCCAGUCGGACAUCCUCGUGGGCGCCGGGCGGGUCGGACCGCGGCGAGCUGGGCGAGCACGUGCCGGAGUCGCGUGACGACCGCGGUCGUCGACGGGGCGAGCAGGUCCGCGCAGAUGAACAAAAAUGACUCGAUGAGCAGAUACGGGCCCCUCGUCGGCGCGAUCGACGAAGGGACGAGCAGCGCGAGAUUCCUGGUCUUCGCGGCGGACACGGCGGAGGUCUUGACGUACCAUCAGGUCUCGAUAUCGCAGACGUACCCGAGGGAGGGAUGGGUCGAGCAGGACGCCCUGGAGAUACUGCGGGCGGUCAGGGAAUGCCUCCGGCAGACCGUGUUCAACCUCAAGCAACUGACGAUAGAUCCGGCUGACAUAGUCGCAAUCGGUAUAACGAAUCAGAGGGAGACCACGGUUGUGUGGGACUCCGUAACGGGACAGCCGCUUUACAAUGCCAUAGUCUGGAUGGACAUGAGAACCACGUCGAUCGUGGACGAUAUAUUGAAGGGCGUACGCAACAAAAACAAGGAUUACCUGAAGCCGCUCUGCGGCCUGCCGAUUAGUCCGUACUUUAGCGCGUUAAAAUUGAAAUGGCUGCUGGAGAACGUGCCUCGGGUUCAGGAGGCGUUGGCCACCAGACGUCUCAUGUUCGGCACCGUCGACUCCUGGCUGAUUUGGAAUCUGACUGGUGGCGCCAAUGGCGGUGUUCACAGUACGGAUGUCACGAACGCCUCGAGAACAAUGCUGAUGAACAUCAUGACGUUGAAGUGGGAUCCGACUCUAUUGUCAUUUUUCAAAAUACCCCCCGAAAUUCUGCCUCAAAUACGGAGCUCCUCUGAGAUUUACGGUUACAUACAAGAUGAAUUGUUGCAGGGCGUUCCUAUAUCGGGGUGUUUAGGUGAUCAGCAAUCAGCCUUAGUAGGACAGAUGUGUCUACAGCAGGGACAGGCAAAGAGUACUUACGGCACUGGCUGCUUUCUUCUUUAUAAUACCGGCACAGCUAUUGUCGACUCGUCCCACGGUUUAUUGACGACGGUCGCCUAUCAAUUAGGAGCGCACGCUUCCCCCGUGUACGCUCUCGAAGGGUCCGUAGCUAUCGCGGGUGCCGUUAUACAGUGGUUGAAAGAGAAUCUUGGAAUACUAAAUAAUAUAGAAGAAUGCGAGACCAUUGUUGAACAAAUGUCCACAGGCAAUCGUAUUGUUUUUGUGCCGGCGUUCGCCGGACUGUACGCACCUUACUGGAGGAAAGAUGCGCGAAGUGUCAUAUGCGGUAUUAGCGAAGAUACUACUGGCGCGCAUAUUGUAAAGGCGGCUCUGCAAGCGGUAUGUUUCCAGACGAGAGACGUCUUGGAGGCCAUGAAGAAGGAUACUGGCUUGGUACUGUCGAGACUGUUGGUCGACGGUGCAAUGACGAAUAACAAUUUGCUGAUGCAAAUGCAAGCCGAUAUCUGUGGGAUUCCAGUGGUUAGACCAUUGAUGUGUGAAACUACCGCACUUGGAGUCGCGAUUGCCGCGGGUAGCGCGGAAGGGAUACGAAAGUGGGAUGUGAAGAUCGACACUGCCGUCCCAAGCGAUAUCUUCUUGCCAUCGAUAACUGAGAAUGAACGUGAUAUUUUAUAUUCUCAGUGGAAGGCGGGCAUUGAUAAGAGUUUAGGUUGGGAGUCGAUCCCAGAAACAAUGGACGUUUCUAUCGCAGAUGACACAGAGGGCAUACACAAAGCUACUGCACCCGGUGUAUUCAUAAUUGGUACCAUAAUACUACUUAUGGUCGCUAAAUACAGAUCUACCUUGUAAUAAGUUUGUGUAUGCAGUACCGUGUACUGCAUAUUGCAUUUAGGCAAAAUCUGCUUGUCGAUACAACGGAAAAUAUGUUCACUACCGGUAUACAACACGUUGCUUUACCUUUGUUAUUUAUGUUAAUAUUUAUGGAUUAAAAAAAGAUCAAAAAUAAAAAAAGUGCCAUAAUACUGUAAAGUAGUAGAGCGUUAUUGUACAGCAUAUUAAUAAGAACUGUUUGGAAAUGUUGUCUUUUUCCUUUCGAUCUGUAAUUAUUUUGUAUGCUGUUUGACGGCUUCAUUUUACAAUGUAACUUUGCGAUAUUACAUGAGUAUUUUAUGGUUUUGCGUUUAA